AUGGGGGCUGCCCGCUCCCCUGGGGGCAGCAGAGGGGCUGCCGGGGGGACCCUGGGCUCCUCUGGGCUCAGCUGCUUCUCGGAUCCAUCCCCAGGUGCGAAGACGGGCGAGGAGGCGGCCGGAGACUCCCCGAAGGCCGAGAAGGAGCCUCAGCUGCUUCACGGCUCCGGCAUCUGUAAGUGGUUCAACGUCCGCAUGGGCUUCGGCUUCCUCUCCAUGACGGCCAAGGGCGGCGCGGCGCUCGACUCGCCCGUCGAUGUCUUCGUGCACCAGAGCAAGCUCCACAUGGAGGGUUUCCGCAGCCUCAAGGAGGGCGAAGCUGUCGAAUUCACCUUCAAGAAGUCGUCCAAAGGCCUCGAGUCCAUCCGGGUGACCGGCCCCGGCGGUGUCUUCUGCAUCGGCAGCGAGAGGAGGCCCAAGAGCAAGAGCCUUCAGAAGCGCAGGGCGAAAGGAGACCGGUAA